CUCUUAUCCAAACCACUCUAGCUCUUAUUUUCUUUCCAAUAUCGAGCUCGAAAGGUGUGGCUCAAAAGCUUCUAACAUGCUAAACAUCCUACAACUUGGACAGGUAUGAAUCGAUAUUCAAACAAUUAAUGGCCUAGGCACUUCUGAUAGAGGCGAGACGCCGUUUUAUAGAAAUUCUAUAAAUCCCAGGCAAAUUAAAACACAAAGACAUACAUGCCUAUUUCCAAGUCUGGUCGUAAGAAGCUAUUUACGAACAAAAGUAUUCUCCGAAGAGAUGCUGUUCCAUAACAGUAAUUGUAUUCCGUCGAUAAUUUACAGGUUAGUUGUGCCAAGUUGAGCUGAGUGUAUAUAUGUUUUAUCAUUUCCCGCCGCUAGGCUUCACAUAAAUCAGUACAAGUCAAGGUAUUGAAUACUGGCCACUUAUCUCAUUGUGGACUUCGUAAUACCUCUUCAAGUUAGAAAAGCGAAAAAAAAAAGCUCCUACUCAAACAUAAUGGCUGCUGAACGCCCCUCGAUGCCUCCCUUAGGGCACAUAAUUAUCGGUAAUCGAGACCAGGUUCUACUUGCUUAUUUCGACGGCACCCAGUUCGUUAUAGCUUCAAGACUUAUCAUACCAAAUUGGAUGCCUGCUUCAAUACUGUUCAAACCACCCAACAUUCUCUAUGCGGCAAACAAGCUAAGUUCGGACACCAACAUGUUAAGGCUGGGGUAUAGGGAUAUGGGCGGCGAUUCUUCAGCCGAGCCGGAUGGUAAUAGGCCACGUUUCGACGAAAUUUCGUUCGGUGCCAACGGCAUAGGCUCCUAUGGGGGAAGACACCUGGCAUUCAAUACCGACAGAACUCGUAUGGUCGAGUGCUCCCACAUAACCGGUGAGAUCGAUGUUUGGGACAUCUCAAGGGAGGACAACGCCCCUAGACUAAUGAAAACUCUCUGGGCACUUGGUAACGCUGAUCCCACAAGAGCCCAGCUUCCCGGCCCCCGCGAGGCCAUUCUUGAUCCGAUUGGCCGCUAUUUUGUAAUAGCAAAUGCCGGCAACAGAACUUUAUCAUUGCUCGACACACGAGAUGACAGGUACGAGAUCGUGGGCAUUAGGGAUAUACCGGACGGAAUUAUACCAGGGACUAUGGCUUUUGUUAUAAUUAGGGAAACGCCCUACUUGUUGUUGGUAGGAGGGGUCGAGAGCGCGAUCGCCUUGGUGCGAAUGAACUAUACCGACACCGGGCCACAGUUCGGUACUGUCCAAUUUGGACGGUCGUCGGGGCAGAGUAGCGAUGAUGAGCCCUCGAUGUCAGCAUUUGCCGGUAUCGUGGUUGCGUCGAACCAGCGCGACAUAUACAUCUGGAACCGAUUCUCUCAGGAACGUUCCGGUCACAUCGCACACUUCACUAUCACCGACGAUACUGACCCGCCGCGCAUCGUAUUUGCCGAAAACACGCCGACUGCUGGCAUACAGCCACGCUGGGUCAGUCUUAGCUCGGACACCAACCAGGAAUUUGCACUUGUGGCCAACGACCUUGGUAGCACGGGAAUUGCGGCGUUCAGACGAGAUCCUGCAACAGGUAGACUGGAUCCGAAUCCCGCCGCCACGCUUCCAACCCACCUCCUUGCUACCUGGGGACUUCCAGAGACUGUGAUCAAAGGCCCUCAAGUCGUUUUCGAAAUUUAGGUUGUGAAUAUCAGCUUCGAGAGUUAGGGACAUUAGCAGUUAGUAUACAUGAUGGCUCUUUUAUUUCAUAAUAUUUGUGAAGCAAUUAUUCCAUAAAAUUAUGACAUUCUACCUAACUUGAAUCUUAUUAUUCGCUACUAAUCACCGACUUUUUUUAUUAUCUCUUGUGAUUCAUCUGUGGUAUGUUGACCAUUAUAAUGACUGAUGUUUGUAGCCUGAGGAUUGAUAUAAGAAAAGAUCAAGUGAAGAAGAUUUAAGUGAAGAUUAAGCUAAAACCUAUACCCUUUUAAGACAGGGCUAUAUCUUUUUAGGAUAAGGUCAUACCAUUUUUUUGGAAAUUCGUAAGAAACCUUUACC